AUUUAGUUGGUUAAGCAACUCUCAUUCACAAGAACGACACCGAAGAAGAAGACGACGAACCGAAACUUCCGGGACUAGAAAAAGCACAUUGCAGCGAACUCCACUGAGCUAAUCUGGCACUACAGCACGACACCAGACCCAACUGUUUUUGGGAUCGGUGACCUUCAACAAAGCCGUGAUGUCGUCAACAUCUCAGAAACAUAGGGACUUUGUGACAGAGCCCAUUGGAGAAAAAACGGUCUAUGCUCUUGGAGGCAUCGGGGAAGUCCUUGGGAAAAGACUGGAGAAUAAAGGGUUUGACAAGGCGUAUGUGGUCCUUGGACAAUACCUGGUUCUAAAGAAGGACGAGGAGCUUUUCCGAGAAUGGCUUAAGGACAUAUGUGGCGCAAAUGCCAAGCAGCAAGGGGAAUGCUUCAACUGCUUAAAUGAAUGGUGCAAUUCUUUCCUGUAAAUAUAUACAUUUGUGUAGUUUAAAUAAUUUGUGUUGAUGUUUUUUCUAUCUGUGAAAAUAAAGAAAACUUUUAAGUGUUUGAUAAUCUAA